AUUUACAUUCCUUGACAUUUCGCAAAGUAACUUCACAAAACAAACAAAAAAGAAAAGAAAAAAAAAAAAAAGCAAUGUCUGAUCCUUUUUUCGCGCCUGUCAAAAAGACUGGCGGCCGUACUGGAGGAGGAAGGGGAGUCAAAAGGACUGGAGAGUCAAAAGUGAUCAAUCCACCACCUAAAGUUGAUACUGGUAAAAAGAAUAGAGCCAAUACUUCCUUGGCCGGUAAACGGAAACUCCGAGGUGAUUCAUCAGAUGAAGACACAGCAUUAAAAUCUGGAAAAAAAGGUCGCCGUGCAGGAGCAGGAGCAGGCGUAGGUAGUCGUAAAGCCACUGCUGCCGCCAUCGAGGACAAUGAUGAAGACGACGACCAGAUCGGUGGAGGAAUUGAUGAUAUGGAUCUGGAAUUUCGACACUCUGAUGAGGACUCGGAAGAUGAUGCCCUGGCUAACGAAACCGCUGCUCAGAAGCGAUUGAGGUUGGCAAAAAAUUACAUUGAUACUUUGCAACACAUCGGAGAAGAUGAUAUUGGAUACGAUGCAGCAGACAUUGAUCGGGAUAAUAUUGCAGACCGUUUGAAGCAGGAUGCUCUCGAAGUUCAGGGACGCCUUCACAGACAGCUUGCAGAUACUUUUCAAUUUCCACUCCCUCAUCCUGAAACCUCUAUCAAAAUCUGUAAAGGUCAUAAUCUAAGUGUUACAUCACUCGCGGCAACAGAGAACGGACAAUUUGCUUAUUCUGGCUCAAAAGAUGGGUCCAUUAUCAAAUGGGAUAUCAAAACAGGCAAGAAGUUAUGGGUUUUUCCAGGAGCCCGAAAGGGUGUUGAGGAUUUCAAGGGCCAUACAGAUCACGUUAUAUGCUUAGCUGUCAGCCCAGACAAUCAGUUUUUGGCGUCAGGAGGCAAAGAUAAGAAGAUCAACAUUUGGUCCGUCAAAGAUGACAAGUGGCUACAUUGUUUCAAGCAACAGCACAAGGAUACCGUCACGAGCAUGUCCUUCCGUAAAGGUCAGAACAACCAGCUAUACUCGGUCUCAAGUGAUCGUACAGUCAAACUUUGGAAUGUGGAUGAGAUGAGUUAUAUCGAAACCUUAUUUGGUCAUCAGGACAGUAUCACCGCAGUAGACAGCUUGGUAAAAGAGCAUUGCGUUUCAACUGGAGGAAGGGAUCGUACUAUCCGUCUAUGGAAGAUCGUUGAAGAGACGCAAUUGGUUUUUCGUGGAGGUGGGUUUAUCCGCCCAAAGAGGCUCACUAAGGAUAGCACUGGCAGCAGUCAUGGCGAUGGCGUUGAUGAACCAGCACAGCAGCCCAAGAUGGUACCAACACCUGGUCCAAAUGGUGGAGUGAUCAUGAAAGAGAAGAAAGAUCCCUCGUUUUUGGAAGGAUCCAUGGAUUGUAUAGCGAUGAUUGAUGAAGAAAACUUUUUGACCGGUGGUGACAGUGGUACGAUUUCACUUUGGAACAUCAACAGGAAGAAAGCGGUCUUCUCCAUGCCCUUGGCUCACGGCUAUCAUACAUCACCUUUGGAUUACUCUUCUGGUGGACCCCAGCCUAGUGGAGGUGUCGAGACCCCGUACUGGAUCACAGCAUUGGCCUCGUUAAGGUACUCGGAUAUGUUUAUCAGCGGAUCCUGGGACGGCACAGUCCGCGUCUGGCAAAUCGGAAAGAACAUGAAAAACUUUUCGCUUAUUAGCACUAUUCCUAUGGUUGGUUUUGUAAAUGAUCUUCAAAUCUACCAGCCUACUCUCUCUAAAAGGACGCUGAUAGUGGCUGCAGUUGGACAAGAACACAAAAUGGGUCGUUGGUUGAGGAUAAAAGAGGCUCGUAACUGCUUGCAGGCUGUGGAAUUGAGCAUAAAAUCAAAAGAGAGUGUAAAAGAAGGCCAUGAUGAUAAUAGCGAUGAUGAAGAUGAAGGCGAUGAAUAACACAUAGUGC